AUAAUCGCAGAGUCGAGUAUACACAAAGGACAGUGAUUUUCGCGACGUUUGCGUGAUUUUUCGACGUCGACGACGUUAACGGUGUUGUGUGUCUUGUGAAAUUACAGUUUACCUAUUCUAUACCCAUACCUAAGCUCUGUGUUUGUUUGCGGAUACCUAUUCGUCGUCGUAGUACUCACGAAGUUUUUAAGAAGAAGGGUUAUUCAUCUUACGAAAUCUCGAUCAUCAUCAUCAUCAUCGAUCGAAAGAAAUUUCAUAGUAAAUAUUUUCAAGGCCGGUUAUUCACUUCCGUUACGGAGCACAUAGUACGUAGGUACUAUACCCAGAGAAAGUAGAAGGAAGAGCCAGAGACUGAGAGACCAAGGGUGAUUAAAACCAUCGUUAGUGGGGCUAGCCAUAGCAUACGGCGCAUCGUUCCGUUCCGUCCGGUCCUCCCCGCCCCGGUGUCUCCGGAUGAUGAGUCGAACGCAAGGUCUAUGGCAAGAUCUUGGAGUAGGUUAUUGGGUUAGUUUGGUUAGUUUCGCUAGUGGCAGCUAGUUCGAUGGCUUUGGAUAGUCUACUACAAACGCUGCAGUGUCUGGUUCGUGUAGCUUGUUAUUAUUGGCCGUUUCUAGAUCCGGUGCGAGUAAACCGCCGAUUUAUACGCGCCAUAGUUCUAUAUGCUUAAUCGUAUUGUAAAAUUAUGAAGUGGCAACUAGUCUUCUUGCUGUUAAUGGGGAUGAAAUGGCGGUCCGUGUACUCAACUUGUGUUUUUGAAUCUGACUUUGGGUUCACAUUGAACUGCGGGUUCAAGAAAUCGAGUAUAUUCCGAGUUCGAAACUUAGGAGGGGUGAAAAGUUAUUUUGGGCUUGGUUUUAGCCUGGGGGAUGAAUUGGGCUUCAAAGAAUCGCUUUCGAAUUCUGAAGGUUCGAAUCGUCGUUCAGCGCCUUCUGGUAGAAGCGCUGCCGGAUACUUUCAACCAUUAUUGACUACAACACCGAAAACGGAAAACAAAAUUGCAUCGAACAGGUCGAGUCAUGCGAUUAAUAUUAGAGCCCCGGGAAGUCGUCAUGCGCCAGUUUCACUAAUGACUGUGCCACCGUUCAGGCCGAUUCAUCCAGGAGAUCAUAAGUUGAAUAGGCCGACCAGGAUAACGAAAGUUAGAGACGAAGAUCCCGUUACUAUCGUAGCAGUGCCGGCUUUUGCGGCUUUACCUCAGUCAAUUGCAAAAGUUCCUACAUUAACGAAUAAACCAGACGCGCAGACCGUUUUACAGAGUUUACUACAGAAUGGAAAUAGUGCAGGGAAUAGUAAUAGUAAUAAUAAUGGAAAUAAUAGACGUAUUUCGUUCACCGCAUUAAACGGCCAACGCGACAACGACAUCGCCUCCAACUCGAUAUCUCAACUGAAAGUCGUCUCGCCGUCAGCUCCUGCUCCUCCGGCAGAUCCCUUGUUACCAGAAGCCGUAGGACACGCGUUGAAAAGCGUCGCUCAAGCGACCAACAUCAGCGCCGAUGCCCUACUCGCCUCGAUACAAUUACGCCAGCAACAAAUGCUCUACCAGCAGCAGAAACAACUGCAAGCUUUGGCCGCCGCCGCCACCACCACCACCUCGCCCAAACCCAUCUCGACCACUUCGACCACAACCACCCCUCCGCCAACCACACCGGCCGCUUUUCAAAAUAGCAACGAAUUAACAGCUUCGAAAAAUAUCAUCUCGAAACCUGCACCGAAACAGAAAUACUCGUUGACCGGUAUUCAUAAAGUGAUGAACGCUCCCAAAGAAUACUAUCCGGUCAAUUACGAUAAAAAUUUCGACGAUAAUUUCACCUCCAGGGUCGAAUUACCCGAUACAGCUUUCAGUUGCGGUGAUCAGAAACAUUUUCCAGGAUUGUACGCCGACGAAGACCUUAAUUGCAUGGUAUUCCACGUGUGUGCCCUGACAGACGAUGGUCUGGUAAUGAAGAGUUUCCUCUGCCCAGAGUCGACGCUUUUCGAUCAAACGAUCCUGAAAUGCAACUGGUGGUUUUACGUAGACUGCAAAGCAUCGAAAAAAUUAUACGAUAGUAAUAUACCGAUAUCGAAAAGCUACCAGUUGAUGAAAGCGCUGACAUUUUUCUCAUCGUAUUCGAAAAACGAUAAAAGCCAAUCUAGUUGAAAAAUACGUGCUGUUUUGAUUUUUUAACUGCCAGUGAUAGUCUUUAUUUAUUUUGUAAUUUUAAGAUUUUUUUUAUCUAUGUUUUAUUUAUUUUGUUUUUUCUCCCUUUCUUCCCCCCCUUCUUUAUUAUUUUGUUUCCUUUUGUUUUAUAUUUACGUAUAUUAUGGAAGGAUGAUGAUGGUACGUGAGAAGUACAUACGUGUGACAUCGUGUGUGUGGUGUUACGAUUAUUUUAGUGUACGUACCUGCGUGCGAUAAGCAUCGAUGACUUUUCUUCUUAUUCCCAUUUGAUUGAUACCUAGUUGUAAUUGUAAAUAAUCCGCGAUGUAAUUCAUAAUGGAUGUGUAGAAUCAAAAUUAGUAAUUUUUCUAUAAUAUUCGUGUUCGUAGGUUUCUGCAAUCAUAAUACAUGAUAGUUUUUUAAUAAAAAUGAAAAAAAGAGGUAUUAGAUUGUCGAAUUUAAUUGCGUGCGUUUUGUCGUCGAUUUCCGAAGUGGAAAAAUGAUAAUAAAUUCGAAUCUGAUUUGAGAAACAUGUUAUUUUGUUUUUCUUUUCCACCUUGAAAUCAAUUGAGACCAAUUUGUGUUUUUUGUUGUAAGGAGCAAUUUAUUUUGCCAUAACAAAAAGUGAACAAAUUGCAAAAAAAAACUAUAGUCGCGGGAGCCCGCAUAAGGAUUUAUUGAACCCCCUCCCCAAACCGUCGAUCCACCGGGACAACUUUUUUCUUGAAGGGGGAGUCCUGAGGAACAUUUUUAGCCCUUGGGCUCAAAAACAAACGUGGCCUUACUUACAAAAUGACGGCCACUUUGAUUGACAGGUCAGCCGAACUGGCAGAUUUUGCGUUCCAACACAGGACUUGCACUAAAUUUUUUAAACCGUACAAGUGUGGAUCAAAAGAUCAGGCAAAAAUUCAUCACCUGUCAAAAUUUCAAGCGCUGAAGUGCCUUUUUCGAUUUUUGGUGAAUUUUUGAAAAUCAAAUUUAGGCCAAAAAUGGAGGGAAAAAAUCGAAAUGUUACCAAAUUGACCAAGAAAGCUGAAAUUUGAGAUAUACCCUACUUUCGACACGUCAAAUCGAUUGGAAACUAUUUAAACCCAUUUUGAGCAGUUCUGGAGCCUCCAGCAGAUUUUUGAAACUCGAAAUUCUCACAAAAUUUCAUCAAAUGGAGUUGGAAAGCCAAAAUUUACUCUGCAAACUAAUUUCAAUACGCUACGAAGUCAAUUGCAGGUGGAUUUCAAGUCGUUUUGAAGCCUCCAGCGACUUUUUGAAAUAACUGGAGCCUCCAGUAGAUUUUUGAAACUGGAAAUUUCCCAAAAUUUCAUCAAAUGGAGAUGGAAACCCGAAAUUUAUUCUGCAAACUAAUUUCAAUUCGCUACGAAUUCAACUGCAAGUGGAUUUCAGGUCGUUUUGGAGCCUCCAGUGACUUUUUGAAAAUUACUGGAGCCUCCAGAAGAUUUUUGAGACUUGAAAUUCCCCAAAAUCCAAAAUUUACUCAGCAAACUAAUUUCAAUACGCUACGAAGUCAAUUGCAGGUGGAUUUCGAGUCGUUUUGGAGCCUCCAGCAACUUUUUGAAAAUUACUGGAGCCUCCAGUAAUUUUUGAAACUUGGUAUUUACCCAAAAGUUCGUAAAACGGAAAUGGAAAGCCGAAAUUUACUCUACACUCCAAUUUUAACACCUUCUGAAGACGACUAUAAGUGAGUUUAAGUCAUUUUGGAGCCUCCAGCAACUUUUUGAAAUUCCUGGAGUCUGUACCAAAUUUUUGAAACUUGAAAUUCCCACAACAUUUUAUGAAAUGGAGUUGGAAUGCCGAAAUUAACUCUGCAAACAAAUUUCAAUACGCUACCAAGUCGUCUUCUGAUGAAUUUCGUCGUUUUGGAGCCUCCAGCGACUUCUUGAAAGUUUGUCUGGCGUUUUUUGGAAAAUUGAAAAUUAAAAAGUACAAGCUAGUCAUAUUGAAAUUAGUUUGCAAUUGAUGAAAUUUUGGGAAAUGUCAAGUUUCAAAAAUCUACUGGAGACACCAGUAAUUUUCAAACAGUCGCUGGAGGCUCCAAAACGACUCGAAAUCCACCUGCAAUUGACUUCGUAGCGUAUUGAAAAUUAGUUUGCUGAGUAAAUUUCGGAUCUUGGGAAAUUUCAAGUCUCAAAAAUCUACUGGAGGCUCCAGUAAGACUCCAAAACGACCUGAAAUCCACCUGCCAUUGACUUCGUAGCGUAUUGAAAUUAGUUUGCAGAGUAAAUUUUGGCUUUCCAACUCCAUUUGAUGAAAUUUUGUGGGAAUUUCUAGUUUCAAGAAUCUGAAGGAGGCUCCAGAACUGCUCAAAACGGGUUGAAACGGUUUCCAAUCCAUUUGGCAAGUCGAUAAUAGGGUAUAUCCCAAAUUUCAGCUUUCUUGGUCAAUUUGGUAACAUUUUGUUUUUUCCCCCCAUUUUUGGCCUAAAUUUUAUUUUCAAAAACUCACCAAAAAUCGAAAAUAGCACUUUAGCACUUGAAAUUUUGACAGGUGGUGAAUUUUUGCUUGAUCUUUCGAUCUACCUUGGGUACAAUUUUUGCGAAGAAUAGAAUUUUUUUGAAAUUUUGACUAUAAACAAAACUUUUUUGGUGAUUUUAAUUGAAAAGCAAUACAAUCGCCUGAAACAAAGAAGAAACUUUUUAGCAAUUUUCACAGAAAAUGAGGGUUUCAAAAUUCAAACAUUUCGGCUGAAAAUUGUUUUUUUUUUCCUAGAUGUAGAAUUUUUUCAGGAAAGUUUGACUUAAACUAGCAUUCUCCAUUAAGACGUUAAAAUGAUGGUAACUUUUCUUAUUUAUUUUAGCUUUAAUAUAAAAUGUGAGACAAAAAAAUUUUGCUAAAAAUUGAAAAUGACGAUAAUUUUUCAUUUCUAGUUUCAUUUUUAUUUUUCAAUUGUUAUUUUAGUUUUUGACCUCAUGGUCUCGAAAUAUCCGGAAGCCAACUGGAAAACUGAAAUUAUCUAUUUUUAUCAUAAAAACAAUAUCCAAGCAUUACUUUUUCCGUUCGUAAGACGUAUUUCUCGCUCAUUCCCUGAAAAAAAAAAAAAAAAAACAUACCUAAAUGAAUAAAUAAAUAAAUGCGCA